ACACCCAUUACAAGACAUACCAAAACAUUUGUAUUCUUUCAUAACAAUGGCUUCCAGGAGGAUUUUAAAAGAGCUCAAAGACUUGCAAAGAGACCCUCCAGCCUCAUGCAGUGCUGGUCCCGUGGCUCAAGAUAUGUUUCAUUGGCAAGCGACGAUCAUAGGUCCAAACGAUAGUCCGUAUGCGGGUGGUGUGUUUCAAGUUACUAUCCACUUCCCUCCAGAUUAUCCUUUUAAACCCCCCAAGGUUGCUUUUAGGACCAAAGUGUUUCAUCCAAAUAUAAACAACAAUGGAAACAUUUGUCUUGAUAUCCUCAAGGAUCAAUGGAGUCCUGCUCUCACCAUAUCCAAGGUCUUGUUGUCAAUAUGUUCAUUGCUGACAGAUCCGAAUCCAGAUGAUCCAUUGGUCCCAGAAAUCGCACAUAUGUACAAGAUAGACAAGGUCAAGUAUGAAGCCAUGGCUAGGAGUUGGACUCAAAAGUAUGCUAUGUAUUGAGAAAUGAUGACGCGAAUCUAUGUUAUGUAACUAAUAACAAGUUCUUGUAUGCCUCACAAAAUGGAAAGGAGUUAAAAAUAAUUGGAUAAUGAGGAAUAUGAAAGAAAUUACAUGCAGGAUGCUGGUGUAUAUGGAUGGUUUUGAAGGUGAAGUUGGUGUCUAAUUUGACUUUUAAAUAAAUUGUUCUAAUUUUUUUUCCAA